AUGGGGGCAGGGGGCAAGAUCUUCGGCAUGACCGCGUCUCCCACGAUCGAGUGCGUGGAGGUCCUGCAGUGCAAGGCCUACGUGUGCGAGGACGACCUCAUCGAGGAGUUUCAGGCGAACGCCGACUGGGAACUCCUCUCCUACGAGGUAUUCACCCCCUCCCAGACAGUGGUGGAUGAACUGGAGUCCCUGAUGCGAAUGCUUUUCUCGGAGAGCAUGUGCGGCUUCGGAGACUCCAAGGAGAAGUUUGUGGAGGCAGUGGUAGGGCCAGUGCUGUUCUCCUACCAGCACCUCGGCCUGUGGUGCGCCAUAAGGCACAUUGUCAUGUUCUGCGAAGCGGAAAAUCUGCCUGACAGAAGCAGGAUCACCCGCACCAAGAAGGUGGUUCUCCAGCUUACGCAACACCUCACGGAAAGCCCUCUCGGGCUGGCGGUCUGCGGGAUCGAGCGCGCCCCGCGCUCUUCGUCCUUAGCCGUUCCGCUGGACAGCUCUGGGCAACCGGUGGCGGCGGCGGCGGCGGCGGCGGCUGACGGGGGCGGCGACAAUGGUUGCGGCGCUGCAGCAAGCACCCAAGGGAGAGGACGGGAGACGAGCGGAGGGGGCGACGGCACUCGCAUGCUUGUGGGGAACGGCAACGACAGCGGCAGCGGCGGCCGUGGUGCAAGCAAGGGCGUCUGUGACGGUGAUGGUGCUGCCGCUAAUGGUGGUGAUGGUGUCACCGUCGCUGAGUAUGGAAACGCGGUCAAGCCAGCCGUGGCAGCGGCGGCGGCGGCUGAAAAUGCCGGUCAGGGGCUGACAGUGCCCCGCCAAGGUGGUUCUGCCGGGAGCGGGCUCCCCGGCGGCAAGGUAGCCCUCAACCCUCAAGGCGGCGCACCCGACGAUCCCAUGGAAGAAGACGAGGAGGAGAGAGAGGGGAAAGGUUUCGGCGGGAUUGAGGCACAGAACAAAGGCGCCGGCGCCGGCGGUGGCGUGGCCGUCAGCUCUCCAGGCAGCGAGGCCCGCGACGAUCCGAUGGAAGGGGACGGAGAAGGUGGCCGAGAGGAGCGAAAGGGACAAGAAGUGGGUGGGACAGGGCAGCGUGAUGAUGGCGCUCGUUCGUCCGCAGGCAGCGCGACCUUCAGUGCUGGUGCUGGUGCUGGCGGUGCUUCCGGCAACGGCAAGGAGGAAGAGGAUGGAGACAACGACAACGCUCAUGCCGGUAGCGUCGGGGAGCAAGCUGCCGGCGGCAGCGGCGGUGACGGCGCGACCGGAGAAGCGGCAGUGGCCCCUACGGCGGCGACGGCGGCGACGGCGGAGUGGGGCAUGACCCCCGGACGCGUGAUCACCCUCGUCAAGACCCUCCUGCGCGUCUCGGAGCAGUGGGGAGACGAGGCGAAGAACUUCCGGUGGGCCGCGCCAACGCUCGAGGCGCUACCGUCCAUGGCGGCGGCGCUGAACGCCAUGCCGCGCCCUACCGCCCGGCCGAGGAGCAGUGGCGACCGUUGCCCGACGACAUCGCUAAGGAAGGCGAAGAAGAGGAAGAAGAGGAGGGUAGUGCAGGAGAGGAGGGAGGAGGAAAAGAAGAGGAGAAGGGCAGGGGAGGAGAAGAGCGAGGAAGUGAAGGGCAAGGAGAAAGAGAAGGCGGAGGGCACCGGUGCUAGCACCAACAAGAGCAACAGCAACAGCAAACAGGCCGAACCAACAAGGGCAAGAGAGCACGAGAGCUCCUCCGGCUCUGACUCCGAAGAGUGUAACGAAGAAGACCUCUACUUUGGGGUAGGCGGUUUCAUGGACCGCCAAAGAAGGGCUAAGGCUGCUGCUGCUGCUGCUGGGGAAGCGGCGGCGUCUCCGGCAAAGGCGGGCUUGUCUGGGGGCGCCGAAGGGGAGGCAGCGGUGGAGGUGGGGGAGGGGUUGGCGGAAGGGGAUGACUUCGGUCGGAGCCGGAUGGCGCAGACGAUUAAUAUGUUCCGCGCGGGGGAGGUGCAGAUCCUAGUGACGACAGACGCGUGCUCGGAAGGGAUCGAUGUGCCAGAGUGCAACCUGGUCGUUUCCAUGGACAAGAUCAAGACCAGCCGCAGCCUUAUCCACACGAGAGGCAGGGCGAGGAGCAAGGGAGGAAAGUUCGUCAUCAUGGUCGAGGACGGAGACGACAGGGAGAGAGAUCGUGUAUCGCUCAUGCUCAUGGAGUCGGAGGACAUCAAGAGGUUUCAGCUCGGCCACGAGAAGGCUAGCGUCCGAGUACCGCUACGACACUCUCACCCCAAUAUGGUACACCACAUCGAGAGCUCGGGUGCCGUGGUGGACAUGGACAUGGCGACGCCCCUGAUGAACCAAGCUCUCUCCGCCGUCGGCUGCGACUUCCACCCCUUGCUCAUCGCGGAGGAGAAGUCGGGCCCAUGUGAAGCACCUUUUGGUGCAAUGAUGUACCGCGAGCCCUCGUUCAAGUGCCGGUUGGAGCUCCCGUCUUUCAUGGGCAUGCCUACCAUCGACACCGCGGUGUUGGUCGACGAGCACUUCUGGAGCAAGAGCCAAGCGAGAGCCGCGGUGUCCUUCCUGGCCGUGGUGCAGAUGCUGGAGAAGGGCUACAUCGACGAGCGCCUCAACCCCACCCGCACCAAGGACAGGCUCGUGGUGGAAAAGCGGCGUGGCUACGACCCCGUUCUGGUGGAGGGGAAGGAGGCCCGCAUGAAGGCCAAGAUGCCGAUACCGCGCCCGGUAGCCAUGGGCAUCCUGCCGACUCCCGGCGUCGAGUUCGACGCCGCCUGGAUGGCGGCGUGGAUGGCGGCGGACGGCAACGGCGCCAGCAACGAAGGUAGCGGCAGUACUAACGGUACCUCGGAGGAGGCGAAGAGUCCUGAAGCUGACGCUCCAAGCGAGACAGCGGCAACAGCAGGGUCUCCACCGUCAACCUGUGCCGUCGGGGACGGUAGCGAGGGGGGGGGGGACGUCCAACCUGGCGGUCCGGGCGCGCCGGGAAUCGGCCCCGCCGCGGCCGGGGCAGGCUUCGCGGUGUGGGAGGGGGCGCGGACCCGGGGAUGCUACGAGGACGACCCCGGACCGAAACGACGCAUGAGGGUCUACUGCUUCCGCAGCCCGGCUGGAGAGGCUGAAGGCUGGGUGCCGACGUUGAAGAGAGUCCGCAAGCGCAGGUCCGAGCUGGACGGGAGCGAGAAGAUUCUGGAGGAGGAGGAGGACGAGGUUCAGGGCGAGGACAGGGCGGCUGCGAAGGAGGGAAAGGAGGGAGAGGAAGGAGAGGAGGAGGACGAGGAGGUCCUGGUCGAGGAGGAAGAGCAUGAAGCCGACAUACGAUCAUUCCACCCCAAGCUGAAGGUGGACCUGGGGCGGGGACCCGGGAAGGGUCUAGGCCCCCGCCUGUUCGUGGGGUUGGCCAGCGCGGCUCCCCUCCCUCUGACGGCCGCCCAGGCCGCCAAGGUCGGGAUAGUGGACAGCUUCGACGUCGACCUCAAUCCUGUACAGAUGGCAGCCAUAGUACAGUGGCACAAGGAGACAGUGGGCAUGGCGGCCCUCUACGAGAUUCCCCACCAGAUGACGCAAACGCCUCUAAACGACCCGGCCAAGUCUCCCUUCCGGGCCGGGGGCAGUGAGUUGCCCGAGCGUGCGCGCUGCUCUGGACGUGGGGCACACACCGACACGGGCGAUAAUUUGCAAACGUGCUCUUUGGUUUGUCUACGCCUUCAACAAACCCGUGCAUCGUUGAAGGAGACCGGAGUUGAAGGGGACAAAGGCGUUCUUGCCGUCCCUGUGGACUACGGUGACGAUGGACCGGCGGGAGACGGGGUGGUAAAGAUUGACUGGCCGGCGAUCGAAGCGGCCAACGCGGGAGUGCACCUGCCGGACAAGACGGACGAGCAGUACACCAGGCGGAUUCUCUUCUCGAGGGUAGGGAAGAGUUCUUUUGCAGGGAGGAGUCUUUUGGUAGGGAAGAGGUUUUUGGGCAAGGCAGAGGUGAGCCACAAGACCUGCCGUUUCUACUUCAUCCUGGAGAGGACCACAACGACCCUUGAGGUCUACCUCCGGCGGUGCCUUGAGUCCGACCAAGGACCUUACGCUGGACUCCCGUGCGAGACGAUCACGUCGCACGAUGCUGGCCGAAUGGGCCGCGUGAAGGGGGUGUUGGCGGUGGGCCACGGCGUGCGAAAGCCGGACUACGACGCCGCCGACAAGUCUCAGCGCCUGCUGCUGGGCGUGCCGGCGCCGGCCCUGAAGCACUCGUUCGCGCAGCAUCUGGUUCGAGGGGAGAAAGUCAUGGACCCUGACGCGGGCGUCCGAAGCAGGGUGAAGGUUGACGGCGCCAUGGGUGUUACCGAGAAGGGGGAGAACCUAGAAGAACCAGGAGAUGCGCCUUCGCCUGCAGCGGAUGCGGCGGGAACAGAACAGCAAGGCGUUGAUGCGGAAGACAAGGAAGAGGAGGAGGACAAUGAUGAAGAAGAUGCGGUUUCGAUGCAGGAAUCAGAAGACGAUGGUGAAGACGACGCGAUGGUCGUCGAAGCUCCGUCUGAGAGACCAGCCGCGUCUGCGGAAUCGGCGGCGGGCGGGCUGGUCGUAGAAGCGGCAGUGGUGACUGCUGGGGCAGCGGCUACCCUCGAGGCGCAGCGGGUUGAGAACGGCGGGGAGGAGGAGGAGGAAGAUGAAGCAAGAGGAUGGGCGGGUGUGUCUACCCUGAAGCUCAACAAUCACAAGGUUGGGCCCGGGCAGCCAGUGCUGCUUGUGGAGCAAUACUGCCAGCCUGUGUGUUGCACCCGGAGGGUCUUCAUUAGCGUCUUGCAUGCGAGUUCUGGACAAGCGGUUUCGGCUCAAGGGUUAGCGGCUUCGGACGCCGCUCCCGCCCCGUCUGAGUCGUCGCAGUUGCUCCGGUUGUCGCCCUCGGGGGCGGCGCAGGAGGCGGCGGCAACGGUAUCACCACCAACGACUGCAUCGGGCAGCACCGGCGGCAAGGAGCGGGGCGGAGGCCCGGAGAAGGAACAAGACGGCGAAGAAGAGAAGAGCAGCGCUGCUGCCGCCGGCGGCACCGGCGCCGAUGCCGUCGCCGAAAGCGACGAAGCAGGUGGCCUUCUUUCCGUACCAGAACAUGACGCGGCCGCAGCCGACGCCUGGCCUCCUUGCGGCACGUGGUGCAUCCCGGGUGAAGGCGCUGGUACAGGGUCCGGCCCCGGCGGGUCCGGAUGCAAUGCUGAUAAACCGGAGGAACCAUCGGCGCUGGGCGCGCCGAGUGGGAUCAUGUCGGCGCCUGGUAAUGGUUUGGGACCAGUGUCGGGGGAUUCGGCGACGAGGGGGGGUAAGGGGGCAGGGAAGAUCGGGGUGGAGGCGGCAGCGAAGGGGGGCGCGCAGGCGGCGGCGAGGGCCGCGGCGGUGGGGGUAAUCAAGUGGAACGGCGGGGAGGAAGGGGCGGUUACCGACACCAUGGCGCUGCUCGAUUGCUCGCUUCGCAGACCGGUGAACGAGAGACUGGAGACGUUAGGCGACGCGUGGCUAAACUACUACGCCGGGUUCGUUGACAAGCCGGUGUUGAUGGAGGAGGGGAUGAUGACGCUGCUCAGGAAGAACGUCGUUUCCAACGCGCGCCUCCUCAAGUGUGCUGAUGGUCGAGGCCUGAGGGAGUUCAUGUACCCUCCGAGGUCAAUCCUUGGGCGGCCCUUCGACAUGUGGUCUCCUUCUCUCCUGCCUCUUCCGCCUCCGGUUAAGGCCAGCAAGAAGACCAUCGCUGAUGUUGUCGAAGCCCUCCUAGGAGCGGCCCUCGUUGCGGGCGGCAACCGCAGCGCGGCGUACAUCAUGGAGUGGCUCGGACUGCCCACCCUCGAGUCGUCCAACGACCCCGAGAAGGCCAAGGAGUACGCGGCGGAGGCCGCUGCAGCAGCCGUCGCCGCGGCCGAAAAAGCGGCAGUCAAGGCUGCCGCCAAGGCCGCGGCCACCGCUGCCGCCAACGCCGCCGCCGCCGACGACGACGACGCCGCCCCGCAGGAAGAAGGCGGUGAGUCCAAGGGAAACGAUCUCGGCGAAUCGACUGGAGCGUCGGAGACGUCAGCCGCCGUCGACAGCCAACAACAGGCAGGAGGUAGGGCAGGGGCGGGCAAUGGCCCGGCUCCGCACGAGGAACGAGUUUCGACUACGACAGCGGCGUCACCAGCACUAGCACCGGCAGCAUCGACGCCGGCAGUAGAUACGACGGUGUUGUCCCCGCCUUUCCGAGAGAUGGCGGCUGAGGCCGCCACGGCCGCGCCCGAGGUUGCCGCCGUUCUCCUCCAGGCACAGCCCGACCUAGCGCAGACAAAAGUUGGCGGAGGAGGCCACCUCUCUUCCUCGGCUGGCGAUACGGAAGGCAGAAGCGGUAACGACGCCGGCUGUUCGAGAGCGGCACCCGUUUCUGCACAAUUGGACGAUCCCAUGGACGAGGAAGCAACCGGCGGCCGCCUCGUGUCGCCAGUUGUCAGGGCUGCUGCUAGCGGCUCUGAGUCGGGACAAUCCCCGAAGAGGAAAAACAGCUCGAGCGAGGAGGACGUGCUCAUGCCGUCUUCCAAGCGUAUCCGAACACCGGAGGGGCACAGCCCAGCCGGCAGCACGGGGUCAGGGGAAGCGGCGGCGGUGGCGGCAGCGGCGGCUGGGAGAGAACUGGCGGAGGCAGAAAAGAUGGAGCUUUGCGCUGCGGUCGCGGAGGAGGGCGAUGACGAAGGGCCUGAUUCGGGGGAUGAAGGAGGGGGCGCCGUGACGGACGCCGCCGCCGCUGCCGGUGCCGCAAGGGCCGCGGCAAGAGCCGCCGCCGCCGCGGCGGUGGCGGUCGAGGAUCCCGCGGCACAUCCCCUCCCCGAAGCCGCUGCCGGCGCCGCGGUCGAAGGCGCCGACGGCGAAGGCGACGACGGGGGUAGAAAAAAAUCCCUGCCCCACCGCGCGCAGCUCCGCGACCACAUCCCCGAGGUGGACGAUCGGAGACGCCCUUGGUUGUGGGACCCCCCGGAGUACCUGUGGGGGGACCCCGAGAAGUUCGGCGGGUGGGACGGCGGCGAUGACGGCGGCGACGGCGACUGUGGCGGCAGAAGUAGGCGCCCCGGCCGCUUGUCCACCCCGCGGCGCGGGAGGGUCGGGCUUCACGCCAGGGGGAGAGGAGUCGCGGGCAUGUCUUCGUCCUCUGGCGCGAUGAGAGGCCGUGGCGGUCGCGGCGGAAGCGGUCGUGGGCGCAGCGGUAGCAGUGAGCGUGGUGGAGGGGGAGGUGGAGGUGGCGAUGGUCCAGCUGCGACGGAAAUCGCAACCAUCCAAGACAAAGGCCACAGCGGAAGAAGCGGCCAGGACGCCAGCAAUGUCCCACUUGCUUCUUCCACGAGCCCAGGGGUGGUAGAGGGCGAAGGUGAAGCAACGCCGCCCGUCCAGAUGAAAGGCACUACGGCGGUGGCGGCGGCGGCUACAGACAGCUCUGCGGCAGUUGCCAUGGAGAUCGACGCCAACGACGCCACCGGGGGCUCCCCCGUUGGCGACGGCGGCGGCAGCGAGGAGAAGAAGGAAGACGAUGAAACGUCAAGCAAACAAAAGGCAACGGCAGAGGAACAGGCCGAGGAGGCGGGAGAGACCAAGGGGGCGGGGACGGAGGACAAGGAGGCGGGAGAGACGAAGGAGGCGGGGACGGAGGACAAGGAGGCCGCGGCGACGAAGGAAAAGGCGACCAAGGCGACGGCAACCACGACGGCGCAGAAGUGGGCGGGAUUAUGCUUGGAAGGGCUCAAGGGGUCUGCUAGAUGGCCCAUCCGGAGAGAGCCGCUCAUGAGCGCAGAGUUCCUGGCGGAGAACGGCGUGUUGCCGAAGGUGUACGUGGCGACGAAGCCUUCCGCGAGGCUGAUGGGUAACAUCCGGUUACUCGAGAAGCGGCUGGGCUACACCUUCCGCUAUCCAUGGCUGUGCAUGCAGGCCAUCACCCACCCUUCCUGGACCAUGUUCGAUCGGGUGAGUGCCCUACCGUAG